AUGGGUCUUUCGAAUGUUUCUGUCCUGAAGGACAAGUUGGAAAUGGAACGAGAGAAGGUGGAGGAUGCCAACCAAAGCUGCGAGAUGAUAUAUUUACCAAGCACACUUACUUAUGGGGUAGGUGCAGGAUUAAUGGCUUUACUUAUGGGGACUUCCUGGUUAUACCUGAUAUACCAAAAAAGGAAACUCAUCAAAUUAAAGGAGAGGUUCUUUCGGCAAAAUGGUGGUAUCAUUCUGAAACAACAACUCUCAGUAAGAGAAGACUCGUCCCAGUGUACUACGAUUUUCACAUCCGAGCAACUUAAGAAAGCCACCAACAAUUACAACGAAAGCAUGAUUACCGGUUCAGGAGGUUAUGGUACAGUUUUCAAAGGUUUUCUUUCAAAUCAUAGGAUUGUUGCUGUCAAGAAAUCUAAAGUAAUGGAUCAGAGCCAAAUUGAACAAUUCAUUAAUGAGGUGGUUGUGCUAUCACAAAUUAAUCAUAGAAAUGUGGUCAAACUCUUGGGUUGUUGUUUAGAGACAGAAGUUCCUUUAUUGGUCUAUGAAUUUGUUAACAAUGGUACCCUUUUUGGUUACUUACACAAAGGCAAGGAAACAACUAAUAUAUCUUGGAAAACUCGUUUAAGGAUAGCAGCAGAGGCAGCGGGAGCAUUAGCAUAUUUGCAUUCAGCAGCUUCAAUACCCAUCAUCCAUAGAGAUGUCAAGACUGCCAACAUCCUCUUAGAUCACACUUACACUGCCAAAGUGUCUGAUUUUGGAGCUUCAAGAUUGGUUCCACUUGACCAUACUGAAAUAGCCACAAUUGUGCAAGGAACUUUUGGCUACUUAGACCCAGAGUAUAUGCAAACUAGCCAAUUGACUGAGAAAAGUGAUGUUUAUAGCUUCGGGGUAGUGCUUGUAGAAUUGCUUACUGGGGAGAAGCCUUUUUCUUUUGAUAAGGCAGAAGAGAAAAGAAGUCUUGCUGUGCACUUUCUAUCUUGCUUGAAAGAGGAUCGCUUGUUUGAAGUUAUUCAAGUUGACUUUUUGAAUAUAGAAAAUAAAGAACAGGUCAUAGAGGUUGCUAUUCUUGCUUCCAGGUGCUUGAGACUUAGAGGGGAUGAAAGACCUAGCAUGAAGGAAGUGGCAAUGGAGUUAGAUAGAAUAAAACUCGUGGAAGAGCACACAUGGACCAAUACAAACCAAGAGCAUGAGGAGACCCAAUACUUACUUCAUGAGGCACAUAGCAUUCGUGGACAUGGUGAUAGUAGUGACCAUCAAAAUACUGGAUAUGACAGCUUGAGAGAUCAUGUAUUGAUUGCCAUGGAUAAUGGAAGAUGA